CUGGCACGCGAUCCUGUUCGGGUGACCACGUGGUCUGGACACGAUUCUUCCAUGUAACUUUAAUAUAACUGUUCUUUCCAGAAAGUUUGGAUCGCAUUAGAUUUGCCAUGUCUUUCUGUUCAUUCUCGAAAGGGGAGUUUUUUAAGGAUCACUUUGAAACUGGCAUAUAUGUUUGUUCAAAAUGUGGAUAUGAGCUGUUUUCCAGCAAGUCUAAAUAUGAACAUUCAUCACCCUGGCCAGCCUUCACCGAAACUAUCCAUGAGAACAGUCUGUCCAAACAAGAAGAGAGACGGGGCGCCUAUAAGGUUAAAUGUGGUAAAUGCGGUAACGGUCUUGGUCACGAGUUCGUAAAUGAUGGACCCAAACGUGGUGUCUCACGCUUUUGAAUAUUCAGCAGCUCUCUGAAGUUCAUUCCUAAAGUUAAGAAUGAUCAACAGUAGAGCAAUUGGAAAUUUUGGAAAGAAACCAUGAGGAUGUUUCAUUAAGAAUACCUGGAGAAGCGUUGAUGUGUUUACCAUGUGGAUGGUGAAUGAAACGCUCUGACAAAAGCCCACAGCGGGACGUUCAGAGUGAUGAUGUGUACACAACCUUAUGGGAAACAUGGAUAGCUUUCUCACAUGACUAAGCUGUUAUCAGUUUAUACACACAUUAUUUUUCUAUGCACAGGACAUUUGAAACUAUGCACAUUAUCCUUUUAUCUCACUUUUAGCCUUUUGAAGUGUGCAUCAUUGGUGCUGUAAGAAUAUCACAUGAUAGCCAUCAUUUCAGGAGUUCUACAAAAGACCUUUGGGUCUUGGUAGGAAUUUUUUUUACAGUCAGUCUCUCAGACUUGGUGCUUUUGCUAAUUUAAAUAAUUUACAUAUUUACAUGUUUUAAAGCUACAUACCUAACCGGUUUUCAUCAUAUGUCGUGCUACACUGGUCUGUUAACUGUUGCAUUUAUCUGUUCUGUUACAUAUUGCUGGAGUCCCAGGAAAAGGUCAAAGUCUAAAAUCUUCCUUUGAAUUUGAGAAAGAUUUUAAGGAUUUACAAAUUUCUGGAUUAGUAUUGAGAGAAUACAACUUUAUCAGUUAUGUGCUUUUAGAAAUUACUUUCUUUGUGAGUAUUGAAAUGUUUCUUCGUGUUGGAUGUUAAAGGGACAGUUCACCCAAAAAUUACAAUUUUAUCAUCAUUUACUCACUCUCACAAUGUUACAAACCUGUAUAAAUUUAUUAGUUGUGAUAAACACGAAGGAAGAUAUUAUUUGGACUAAAAGGAAAAUGCAGAAGCACAAUGUUCACUUUGUUUGAAGUUGUUGUCGUCAAAAUAAAUUCAAAGGCAUCUUUGUAAAAGCA